AUCAUAGUGUUUGAGUUGGUAAAAGAGUGGAUGAUCAUAGUGCUUGAGUUUGGUAAAGAAGUGGAUGAUCAUUUCAAUGUUUAAUUUAUAACAGUAUAUUAAUAUAAUAUUGCAUUUGUCAGAGAUAUUUUUCGUAACCUAUAAUAGAAUCAUGAUGCCUAGCACUAGGUAGCCGGUGCAGAAUACACUUGCGUAUUAGCUGGAUAUUGUGUAAGUUCUCCUCCAAUAAUUGCUAUAAAUACAUGCUCCCAGAUCAAUAUGGCGAUAUAAGGAAGCAUCACCAAAUCCAGUUUUCUUUGUUCCAUUCCGGAGAUUGGGUUCAAAUAAGAUGGGAAGAUUGGUGAAGCUCGUUUUAGGGCUUUGGACUAAAAAUUCAACUGGAGAUUGGUCGUUUGAGGUAACGUCUUGUUAUCACGGUGAAACCAUCAUAAUCAACAACAACGAAACCUUUGAUAGUCUGGUCGAGUUGAUUCGUAUAAGGUUAAAUCUCGGGAUACUAACUCCCGUUGCCUUGACUUAUCAACUCACUGACUGGAUGCUUGUCCCUGAUGGUACAAAAACGCUGCCGAUCACCUUAUCAUGUGACAAGGAUGUUGAGAUUCUGACAAGUGUAAGAGACUACAUGUCUGAGGCGGUGCUCUAUGUAACUAGUGGACCUGAACUAGUUGCAAAGUACGAGUUCUUGCUUCGAUCGCCUUUCACUAUAGGUGAUACAACUUACCUUGAAGAGGGCGUAUCAGAAGCCCAACAUCGCCAAGCAAUUCUUGAUUUGGUUGGAGGCCAUCCGAUCGUUUGUAGCAAACACAUAUUGGAAAUAAUGUUCAAUGAGCCACAACUCCUCAUUGUAUUUCAUGUUGCUCUUGAUAUAGAAAUGGUACAUGGUCUGCCUAAUGACGAUGUCCAAGCACAAAACGCAACAGAGUUUCCACGGUUAACCGUCGACGAUGUUAUAUCUAUGGCAGAAGCCGGUACCAUUUCACCGGAAGAAGAGUUCUACUACGCUGAAAAUGAUGAAGUGCUAUAUGGUGAACCGAUGACUAUUGAGGAGUUGCAAUAUGCAAUCCCAAUUGGCCAACCAGCAUCUCUUCUGAACCAUUCAACCCCUCUAUAGAAGUGGAGCCGCUUAAUGUUUGGAGAGACAUGACGGAGGAAGAGGAAUACUGGGAUGGUAUUGCCGCUCAUGAAAAUGACUAUGAAGUGUACUAUGCACAUUCAACCCACCCGACUUAAGGCGUUAUUGAUUUGCCUCUUGCUCCAAAUCAAAGGAUCCCAGCCGAGAUCACUUGGCUUCCUAUGGAAAGUCCAAUGUCCAUCGUCGGCACGACGCCAUGCACCGUGAUAUAAAGUUACACUAAUGGAGUUGCCAUCUACAAAAUAGAAAGGAGGAAUUAGAAACCGAGUUUGGUAAAAGAUAUUAAACAAAAAAUUUAAACAAUAUUACUCUAUUGGACUGCUCCCGUCUCACCGUAUGUAAAUGGAUGAUAACUUGUAAACAAGUAUCCAAAUUUAUAGACGAAGUGUGGUAACACGUCCAUGGAUAAGAUAAACCAAUAAUUCAGCCACAAAAAUAAUUGAAGGACAUAGUUGCCUACUCUACUAUAGGUAUGAUGAUGAUAUUCGAUACUUGAUAGAACAAACACAUAGCUGAAAAAUGUGUAGGAAAGAUAAGACAACUCACACUACUUUCUAUACGCGUGCACUACUUGUAAACAUCAACAACAACACUUGUUGUCGUAUUUGCAACAUCAAAA